GUGGAUUACAGCAGAUUAUAACAGAUUAUACCUGCCUGAUACGGCACUGUGUCAUUCCACAUUUGGAUUUACCAUUGGAUUCAAAUUUCAAAUACAGCUGAAGAGAAGUUGAAGUAGAUGUUUGCCUCACACCGAGACCUUGACAAGCCCAAAAUGGAGCACUCAAAGUCAGCGAACACUCUGAACGGAGAGGCUCAAGGGGACGGCAAGCGUGAACUCAAAGGUGGAACAAGAGCUCUUCUCAUCCAGAAGGCGAAGAACAAAAUAAUCAUGCUAAAGGUGCUCAGAGAUUUGAAGAGCAAAGGAUCCAAUUUCCGACCGAUCUCAGAUGAAGCUGCCAGAAAACGUAUUGCCAAAGACAAGUCUACGGACAGUAUCAAGACAAACACAACCAGUAACAAAGAUGAAGAACUGUCAGCGGCGGAAGAAGGAACGGCUCCACCCUCAAAACUCGGAUCCAAACCGAAAUUCAUCAUACUCCACUAUUCGCCUUUUAAAGCCGUUUGGGAUUGGAUUAUCCUGUUCCUGGUUUUAUAUACAGCUGUGUUUACGCCCUAUUCGGUGGCCUUCUUGUUGAAUGAAGAAGAAAUCAAAAUGAAGUUGAAUCGCGAGAGUAGCACGAGGAACAAGCACGCUGAGACCAGUCGGGCAGAUCCUCUGGUGAUCAUAGACCUCAUUGUGGACAUCAUGUUCAUUGUGGAUAUUUUGAUCAACUUUCGAACCACAUACGUCCACAUGGGAGAGGUUGUGGCCGACCCUCAGAAAAUCGCCAUUCAUUAUGUGAAAGGCUGGUUUGUGAUUGAUACCAUUGCUGCGAUACCAUUCGAUCUGCUCCUGUUCGGCUCGGGAACCAGUGACACAAUGACAGCUACGGGAGUGUUGAAAACCGCCAGAUUGUUACGACUUCUCCGUGUCUUGCGCAGACUUGACCAGUACUCAGAGUACGGAGCGGCGGUCCUGCUACUUUUAAUGGUGUCCUUCACGCUGAUUGGUCACUGGCUGGCCUGCAUAUUUUACGCUAUAGCCAAUGUGGAGAGACUUCACUUGCACGCGAAGAUUGGUUGGUUAGACACCUUGGCCGAUCAAGUGGGACAUCCUUACAUGGCGAACGAUUCAUUGAGCGGUCCAACGAUACGAUCAAAGUACAUUACGUCACUGUAUUUCACGUUUACGACACUGACAAGUAUUGGCUUCGGAAAUAUAGCCCCUAAUACAAAUGCUGAAAAAAUCUUCGCCAUCUUCGCUAUGAUGCUGGGGUCUCUACUCAGCGCCGCCAUCUUCGGAAACGUUUCUUCCAUCAUGUUAAGGUUGUACCAAGGGACCGACGAAUACCACGAAAAGUCUCAAAGCAUUAAAGAGUUCAUCAAUUUUCACCACAUUCCCAAAUCCCUCGCCAAUCGACUUUACGAAUCAUUCCAGCACGCAUGGUCCUAUACAAACGGUAUAGACAUGAACAACGUAUUGAAAGGCUUCCCAGAGUGUCUUCAAGCUGACAUUUGUCUUCACCUAAACCGGAACCUUCUGCAUAGCUGCGUGGCCUUCAAGGGUUCCAGCCCGGGUUGUCUGCGAGCCUUGUCCAUGAAAUUUAAAACUACGCAUGCGCCUCCAGGUGACACGCUGAUACAUCCUGGAGAUAUUUUAACCGCCAUUUAUUUUAUAGCGCGUGGCUCCAUAGAGAUUCUGAAUGACGACAUUGUAAUGGCCAUAUUAGGUAGAGAAGAUGUAUUUGGUGAGGAUAUUCGUGAAACUCCUGGGGUGGGAAAGUCGCUGUACUGUGUACGGGCCCUGUCCUAUUGUGACAUCAACAAGAUAGAGAUCCACGACCUCACCGAAAUCAUGCGGACAUACCCGGAAUUUGCCGAGCGCUUCCUAACGACGUUUAACGUCACAUUUAACCUGAAACACGGCACGCUAUUCCAGAGGAAGUCUAAGCACAAAGUAGAUGACGAGACGCUGCGGUUUAUCAGACAGAAGCGGCCAAAACUUCAGUGUAAAGGCCGGGGAGCUAUAUCAGAGGGAAGUGGGUCUCGUAAGAGAUCCGGUCUUGCGCGCACGAACACCGGUGACCGGCGCCGUCUUAGCAAGGACAUAAUCGACUUGAGUGCCAGUGAGGAUGAGGAUGGUGGCAUCCUGGAGCUGUCAGCGACCCGAGCCACGGAUAGCAUUAUAGAGGAGGGGGAGGCGGCCCCGCCACCAGCUGAGAAAAAGAGUGCCAAAGGUGCAGUGGCAACCAAGACGGUUCGUCACACCACGCGAGAAUUGCGCCCCCUCCUGGCCAAACCCGGCCACGCCAUUCCAGGAGGAGACCAUCCAUCACUUCCGGGACUAUCGCCGAUCGCAUCCGUUUCCAGCGGGACGUCUUAUACUCCCAAAAGUUCCUCCAGCACUGGACAGGCGUGGAAGUUUUCCAGCAUCGACCUGCAAAUCCAGCAUCACCAGCCACACGAAAAGCCCAAGGUUGGCUUUAUAUCUGAUAUAGACUGUCGGCUGGAGGCUUUGUCGGACCGCAUGAACGCCUUUGAGAACGACUUGUUUGCUACCGUUGAUGCCAUUUUACACAUUCUGGGACAGAAACCACAGAUUUCUAGAGACGCCUUCGAUCGACACAUGACGCCACCAUCUUUACAAAUCUUCCCGGUCUUAAAGGGAGACAAAUCUGUUCGUCCGAAAGGCGCCAGACUGCUUCGCUCCCCGAGUGACUUGGACAGAGCCUUGCAGAACAUGUAGUUCACGGAUCUGUUUCAUUCAUGUUUGUGUCUGAAUGACAUAAAACUUGACACCAAUGCUAGGUAAAGCCGUUUGAACGAUUGUUAUGGCUAGCAAAUUGCUAAACUGGAGACAUGAGGUUCAACAGGAUGGAUCUGUGACAUUUGAUGAGGAAUUG